CCCAUCCUCCACCAUUUGAUUACUACUUUGCUUCUUUCUUUUUUUUUUUUUUUCACCAUCCAAUUUUUCUUUCUGUUCACAAAAUUGGAGUUGUGGCACAUGAUAAGAAGAAUAGGGUUUUUGGUUCGAAGGUCGGAUUUAUAAGAAGAAAUCAAAAGAAGGUGGAUCUUUUCUUACCAAAUUCAUUGGAGGCUGGACUCUUCUCAAACCUCAGGAAAUCUCUCAACUGCUCCUCCUCUUGGAACAUACCCUUGGGGAGCCUCUCGCGGAAUACCAUCUCUAGGGUCCUCUCUUUACAGAUCUUCUUCUGGGUCCUCUUCUUCUUCCUCUGGAAUCUCUUCUUCAGCAUUUUCAAGACCCCUUUCCAAGAGAAAAGACUCAAGCUUCAACACUCACUCUAUUUGUAGAUUACAAAAGGGAAAGAUAUGGUAGGGUGGUCAGAGCUUCCAGAGGAUAUUGUUGAGCAUAUUGCCAAGAGACUUACAUUCAUUCUUGAUUUUACCCGGUUUGGUGCUGUAUGUCGGUCAUGGAGAUUUGUGGAAUCAAAAAAGAAGAGACUUUUAACUCCUCAGCCUCCAUUUUUAAUGCAUAUCAUGGUGGGAAAAGAUGGAGGGAUGAUCUACAACUAUUAUAGUCUUUCAGAGAAUAAGAAGUUUGAGUUUACGAUACCUAAGACUCAUGGAAUAAAAUGUGUAGGAUCUACAGAAGGAUGGAUUCUAACAGUUGAUGACUGUUUCAAGAUGUUACUGCUAAAUCCUUUCACUAGUGCACAGAUUGAGCUCCCACCUAAGGCAACACUCAAGGAUAAAUUUUCUAGAGAUCAUUAUAGCCAAGAAGAACUUUGGCAUUUAACUGUUUGGAAAGCUAGUUUAUCUUCAAGCCCUUCCUCUAACAAUGAGUGUGUGGUUUUGACCAUUCAUGGCUAUUGGCGAUUGUUGAGCUUCGCACGACUAGGAGAUGAAGUUUGGACCCCGGUAGAUUGUGUCAUUCAAUAUUUUGACGAUGCAAUUUACUACAAAGGAAAAUUUUAUGCACUUAAUGUGAUUAGAGGAGUUUUUUGGGUUGAUAUUAGUAUCAAUCCUAGCACCAUACUCAUUACAAAUCCUAUCCAAGAAGCAACUACUGAAAUUGGAUACUUGGUAGAAUGGUGUGGAGAGCUAUUGCAAGUGCUUAGGCAAAUGGAUCUUGAUAUGUGUAGUCCUGGACAUCAAACACUGGGUUUUCGAGUUUUCAAGCUGGAUUUUAGUAUCAUGAAGUGGGAGGAGGUAAAGAGCUUGGGGCAUUAUGCACUUUUUUUAGGUUGGAAUACAUCUAUUUCAUUGAAUGCUGCUAUCCUUCCUGGGAUCAAUGAAAAUUGCAUCUAUUUCUCAGAUAUUGGUCACCCACUGUGUAUUGCAAAGGAAAUCUUACAAAAGGACAUUGGAAUCUUCUAUAUGAAGGACAAGAGCAUUGAGCCUCUUCACACAGGCCUGACUUAUUGCUUUCAUGCACCUCCUCUUUGGGUGAUUCCAAAUCCUUAGUACUAGCCCUAUAUAGAACUUUUCAGACAUCUUUUUACUUUUUUUCUUUUAUAUAUAUUAAAUUUAGCUCUAUAUAAGUGAACUAUGCUCUUGGUUGGAAUAAUGUAAAGACUGUUAAACUUAGCUUCUUUAAUCCAAUGUAUUGGAGGAAGGCUUUUUUUUCUUGGUCA